GUGUCGCGGCCGCCGCACCGUGAGGGAUCGGCGGGAGUUGCUGCGGCCUCCCUUGUCCCUCCCCGCCCCCGUCGAAUGCCACAGCCCGCGGGUUAUCGCGACAGCCCUCCGCCGCAUCGCAAUUAACUCCGGCGGAAAAGCCCCGCUGUGCUUCCGGCACUGUUCGGGGCGUGUCUGGCCGCGGCGCCACCCGCGUUCUAUGGUCCGCGGCGCUCCCAGGGUCCCCCGCGCCGCGGCCGGUACCCGGGAGGAGCGCGGCGGCGGGCGCUGGCCUGUCCGGGGCCUGUCUUGCCCCGGGGCUGCGCCUGCCCGCGGCCGCCAUGGAACUGGAGGUGCCUGAGGAAGCGGAGGGCUCGGCCGCGGCGGGUGCCGGUGCCAUCAGUCCGGAGGCCGGCGUGGGGGGACCGGACGCGUCAGGAGGUCUGGGCCCAAAGAAGACAGCCAUCACUGAGGGCCCCUCACUGCCAGGACAGCCAGGCCAAGGAAAGAAGAUUGGUCAUCGAAGUGUGGAUGCUUCUGGGGAAACCACCUACAAAAAGACCACCUCGUCCACUCUGAAGGGGGCCAUCCAGCUGGGGAUUGGGUAUACUGUAGGAAAUCUGAGCUCCAAGCCAGAGAGAGAUGUCCUGAUGCAGGACUUCUAUGUGGUGGAGAGCAUUUUUUUCCCAAGCGAAGGCAGUAACCUCACCCCGGCUCACCACUACGCCGACUUCAGGUUCAAGACCUAUGCCCCAGUGGCUUUCCGGUACUUCCGAGAGCUCUUUGGGAUUCGUCCAGAUGAUUAUUUGUAUUCAUUAUGUAACGAGCCUCUGAUCGAGCUGUCCAACCCCGGGGCCAGCGGCUCCCUCUUCUAUGUCACCAGCGACGAUGAAUUCAUCAUCAAAACUGUGAUGCACAAGGAAGCUGAAUUCCUGCAGAAGCUCCUUCCUGGAUACUACAUGAAUCUGAACCAGAACCCCCGGACACUGCUGCCCAAGUUUUAUGGACUGUACUGUGUGCAGUCCGGGGGCAAGAACAUCCGCGUGGUCGUGAUGAACAACAUCCUGCCUCGAGUGGUGAAAAUGCACCUGAAAUUCGACCUCAAAGGUUCAACCUACAAACGCCGGGCAUCCAAGAAGGAAAAAGAAAAGUCCAGCCCUACGUACAAGGAUCUGGACUUCAUCCAAGACAUGCCUGAGGGCCUGAUGUUGGAUGCAGACACCUUCAGUGCUUUGGUGAAGACGUUGCAGCGAGACUGUCUGGUAUUGGAAAGCUUUAAAAUCAUGGACUACAGCCUUCUGCUUGGGGUUCAUAACAUAGACCAGCACGAGCGGGAGCAGCUGUCGGAGGGAGCCCACAGCACGUCGGAUGAGAAGCGUCCUGUGGGGCAGAAGGCCCUGUACUCCACAGCCAUGGAGUCCAUCCAGGGAGGGGCUGUCCGGGGGGAGGCCAUCGACACGGACGACACGAUGGGAGGGAUCCCAGCAGUGAAUGGCAAAGGAGAGCGUCUCCUGCUGCACGUAGGAAUCAUAGAUAUCCUGCAGUCAUACAGGUUCAUCAAGAAGUUAGAGCACACCUGGAAGGCCCUUGUCCAUGAUGGGGACACAGUGUCAGUACACAGACCCAGCUUUUAUGCAGAGAGGUUCUUCAAAUUCAUGACCAACACGGUGUUUCGAAAGAAUUCCUCUCUGAAGUCGUCCCCCUCCAAGAAAGGGCGCAGUGCCUUGCUGGCCGUGAAGACGGCGGGUCCCACGGCGGCGUUCUCGGCCAGCCAGCUGGCCUCUGACAAGGACGACACCCAGUACGACCUGCGGGCGGCCAGGAGCUACCCCACGCUCGACGAUGAAGGUGCUAAACCUAACCAGGACAGGGAAGAAGGCAGGCCAGACCUGCUCCCUUGCACUCCUCCUUCCUUUGAAGAAGCUACCACGGCCUCCAUAGCCACGACACUGUCGUCAACAUCUCUCUCUGUUCCCGAGCGAUCCCCCUCGGAGUCCUCUGAGCAGCCCAGGUACAGGAGGCGUACACACUCCUCAGGGCAGGAUGGCAGGUCACACGAGGAGGUGCGGGUCCAGGAGGAGGUUCAGCAAAUCAGUGUCGAGCUGGAGCCCAAGUGUGACGUUGAGAUUGUAGCUCCUGAAGAAGAAGUCAAAGAAGAGGCAGCUUCUUCAGCCUGUGCCAUUGUCACAUCCACAGCCACCGUAGAGGUGGAGACGGCCAGCCAGGCCUCGGAGCCAGCCAGCCAGGCCUCGGAUGAAGACGACGUGCCAGUCACAGACAUCUACUUUCCGACAGACGAGAGGAGUUGGGUUUACUCCCCGCUCCACUAUAGCACUCAGCUCCACUCUGUCUCCGAUGAGGAGAGCGAUACAUAAUCUCUAUGCAGACACAGAAGUCCCAGAGAGCAGCGAUUCCCUCUGCAGGUCGAUGUGUUCCCUUUUCGUUGAUGCAGCCAUUCCAGUGGAUGGGGAAGAGCUUGCUGACACCAGUAUUGCUGCACUGCAGGAUCCCGGGCACUGCGUUUCAGAAUGGAGCAAAACUAUAACCAUGUAUUUCUACUCACCCCAGACGUGGGCAGCAAAGAAACCACCCGCUCACCCGCAGCUCCCAGCAGAGAAUUCUAGCUGGGUGUAGAGAAUCCUGGGUAGUAACACAGUGUUUUCCAGAUGUGCACUACCAUAGCUACCUAUCCAUGUGUGAUACUGUGAACCUUUUUAAUUUUUUAAUCAUGUAUUUAUUUCUUUUAUCUUUGCACAGAGACAGCACACAUGUGCUUUUUUAAA